AUGGCCGACAUACGCUCACUGACCCCGCUGCUAGAUUGUCCGAGAGCUGCCAGACUGCCUGCUCACGUUCAGCUGCUCGACAGAACAGAUGUCCUGCCGAAUUUGGGCGAACGAUGGGAUGCUGAAGCCUUAGUCUUUCCGGCGGCCUGGCCCCGUGCAAGAGUGCUGCCAUAUGCUCUGGCCAGACGCUCCUCGACGCCUACGCUGCAAGAUAUCACCCAAGUACAGACUGACGCUGUCUAUUGCACACCCGAGAAUAAAGUGCUUUGGCAAGACACAGAGCAGCUCCUCAUUGCAGUCAAUCGCUACUACCGUGCCAGACCGACCAGGAGACAGUCAAAGGCACCCCGGAUGACCAUCGUCACCCUUCACGCGAGUGCAUCUCACAAGGAAACAUACGAGCCAAUGUUUGCCCAUCUGCUCGAAGCACUCGGUCCAGAGGCAGAUGAGAUUGAGGAGUUGUGGUCGAUUGACCAUGCCCAUCAGGGCGUGUCCGGAUUGUUGAACCCACAGAACAGCUGCGAGGUCCACACUUGGUCAGACGAUGGUCGCGACCUGCUCAACUUCUUGCUGCUCUAUUUGCCGCCUGUUGCGAGUCCUGAUGAGGAUGAUGAGGCUCGUUCACCUAUGCACGACGGCGUCAGCAUCCGACUCUUAUCAAGACAAACAAUAGACGAUGCGAGCAUGCUCAAGCUCGACGGAAGCAUUCCACGACCCGUCGGGCUUGUCAGAGGGCGCAAGAUUGUUGGCCUAGGACAUUCUAUAGGUGCCGAUGGUGUGAUCAUGGCAGCAACGGGUCUACCCUGCAUCUUCUCAGCAGUCGUCGCGAUUGAUCCCGUCAUCGGCGUUCCCAGCUUUUUCACAGAUGAAGCGUAUCCGGCGAUGCGAAAGGGCUGGGACAGGAACGUGUCGCGCGCCCUUGCUCGGAAGGACCGUUGGGCGUCAAGAGAGGCAGCCGCACAAUCGCUAGCCAGAAACAAGGCAUUUUUCGGCAGAUGGACCGAUGAGAUCUUCGACCUCUUCAUGCAAUUUGGAAUCACAGAAGACGACCAAGGGGCAAGACUGACAAGCACGAAAGUGUCUGAAGCUGCCAUCUUCUGUCAGCCAGGGACGGCUUCCAUUGGCACGCGAGAGAUCUUCUCUCGAAUGACUCACAUCCCGGUCAGUCUACGCUUCCACUAUGUCUUGCCAGCGCCUGGGAGUUGCGUCGUACCGGAGCGGGGCAUUCACGAAGUGCUGGCCGCGCUGCCGCAGCAUGUACAGGUGACAAGAAUCGACGACGCAGCUCAUCUGAUGGUCCAAGAGCACCCGAGGUCUGUUGCUACCGUGCUCGCUCGGCUGUUGCGCCUUGCUAGCACGCCACUGUCUAGACUUAACUGCCAGGGUCAAUCAGAAUCGAUCGGCCAAGGACUUCCGGUCCUUUGCGCCAUCAAGACCAAUAGUCAGCGCGAGAGUCGGACCAGCUUUUGCAGGACCGAGCUUGUUCGCCUGCUUGUCUGUACAGUCGGACGGGCGUAUUGCUUGUCACUCCCGUCGUCCCAGGAUACGGCGGCGAAGGAGUCAUCCGGGCCUCUACUGACGGCUCCAUCAUCGCAUUCUGCACCUUUCCCAGCUUGUGAAGGAGUUCGGUUAAGUCACUGCGCCGCUCUCCAAAGCGUCGCAUCUCUCACUACGCUUUCUUGGUCCUGCUUUGCCCGUCAAAGACGCCAAUCAGCUUCGGCCGAGAUCGCUCGAGCAAGCCGGAAAGCGAUCGCUCAAUCUCGUAGGAUGAGCAAGGCUGUCGAUACAGGCUCUGCUUCCACCAACGUCUCGGCACCAUCGUCAAACAACGCCAAUGAGGCUGUCACAAACGGACCUACAGCUGCUAAACUGCCCAACGGCGCUCCCAAGCCCGCCUUCAAUUAUGCAGCCGCAGCGGCCAAAUCUGCUAACAACAGUCGCUCCACGAGCCAGGCUGCCUCUGCUUUGCCUUCGCCCAGCAUAUCUCGCGGAGGAAGUCUAGGCGGACCGGGUGGGCUGCCUGCCCAGCGCAAUGGCAUCCCUCCUGCCAACGCUGUUGCCGCCGAUGCUGCGCCAGAUAGUGCAUCAAAGCCAACAGCAGGCGCAAAUCCGGGCAAAACAGAUGCGCCUGUCAAGCCUGUGGCCGUACCUGCAAGCUCCGCGAUGCAGUUUGGCACAAUCGCGCCAGCUCCUGCAGCCAAUGGCAAUCGAGCGCCCUCGCUGGCUUCUUCUGCCACGCCUUCCAGUCAAGGCGCUCCUCUUGCGCCCGCGCCCAAGCCUGCCGUCUCGGCAGCUGCUUUUAGCUUUGAUUCGCUUUUCCAGCAAGGCUCAAGCUCGAAUGAGCCCGAGCCCGGCACACCCAUUUUGCCCGUGGCUUCGCCGCCCAUGCCUUCGCAGCCCGAAUCACGUCGCUCUGCUUCGACAUACGACCCUUCGACGUCUUCGCGACCCCAAAGCACGAUAUCGCAUGCGUCAAAUACCUCCAUAUCUUCCUUUGGCGCGCCCAGGCUAUCGGCUGAUGUACCAGUCUUCUCACCCUCUGGUCCAGGCAUGAUGCAAGGGCAUGCUCACUCUGCCAGUUUCAGCGCUGGUAUGCCCAAGGGAUCUCCUUUCCAGCCAGGUACUCCCUCCGGAUAUCCCCAGCCAGGCCCCGGUCACCUAGCGCAGCGAUCCAUGUCGAGCAGCGCUGGUCCUGGCGGCAGGCAGACCAUGAACGUUCCACGCUAUCCUCAGACCAGUCCUCGGCAAGGUCAUGCUCCCAUGGGCUCACAGCAAUACUCUUUCGCCCCCGGUCAGCCUUAUCCCGGCAUGCAGCAGCAGAUGUACUAUCCGUAUAACCCAGCUUAUCAGACGCUGCCAUCUAAUUUUCAGCGAAGCAUGCCGCCCUCGUCUACGCCCGGACCAUCGCCUCUGCCAGGCGCUCAAAAUUGGCAACAAAGCCAAGGAAGCCCAGCCACGCCUUCUCCGGUAGUGAACAGGCCGAGUGCGCCGCCGACGCCUAGCACGCCUCAGCCACUGAGUGCUCGCGUAGCCGAAUUCAAGCCGAGGCCGAGUGCAGCAAUCAGGAUCGUCAAUCCCAAUACGAAGCAAGAAGUCAAGCUCGAAAGGCCUGCUUCAAUCGCUCGGGCUCCUUCUGAGCUAGCGCAAUCGACUGUUUCAUCGCCCACGCCCGCUGUCGCCUCGCCAGAUCCUGUUGCUAAGCCUGCAACUCCAGUUUCCGAAGACAAGGAACGCAUCGCUGCGGAGUUCAAGGCACGUGCGGCUGAAAAGCAGGCCGAAGCGGAAGCGAAAGCGAGAGCAAAAGCCGACGAAGAGGCUAAGCAAGCCGAAGAGCUCAAGGCGGUCGAGGCGAAGAAGGCGGCCGAGCUGAAGGAGGCAGAAGAGGCAGAAGAGGCAAAAGCCGCUGCCGAGGCAAAAGCCAAGGAGGAGGCCGAAGCAAAGGAAGCAGCAGAGAAGCGCGCGCACGAGGCAAAGGUGGCAGAAGAAGCUGCUGCGGCGAAGGCCAAAGCUGACGCUGAAGCCGCUGAAGCCGAUCUGAAGACAAAGCAAGAGGCAGCGACAGCCGCUGCUGCAUCUGCUUCACCUCCUGCCGCGGACUCCGCCACCACAACUACCUCGGCACAGGAAGCAAGUACCGAGGAAGCCGCUAAGACGACUUACGUGGCGCCGCGCACCGAUUCUAGUGCAGACAAAUCCGCUGACGUAUCGGUCGACUCUGUCAAGACAGAUGCGCCAGAGACCACCGCUACGUCUGGCCUCGAGCCAGGCGAGGUCGACGAGUCUGCAGCGUUCCUCAAAUCCAUUGCAGAAGCGUCUAGGAUCCAGUCGCUUUCGGAUAUUGACUAUCCCGAGGGUGUUAAGCCACCUCGAGAUGGAUUGAACGCAGGCAGCAAGCCUGGCAAGUUCCGCUACGAUCGAGACUACCUUCUGCAAUUCCUUGCAAUAUGCACACAGAAGCCUGCUGGCCUGCCAGAGCUUGAUGCCAUUGGGAUGACUGACGUCGGCCCAUCACGAUCGGGUGGCUUUGACAACAAAAAAGGAAUGGGUCCUCCACCAGGACGGGGUGGUGCGAACAGCUCGAUGGGUCGCAAUGCAGGCGGUUUCCAGAUGGGCAACUUCUCUGGCAGUGGUGGUUCCAAAGGUAUGGGUGUCGGAGGCGCCUUCGGCCAAGGGUUUGGUAUGGGCGCUCGCUCCGGCAGCGGUAUGGCACGUGCGCCAAGUCAGAGCGGUAUGAUGCCUGCUGGCUACGUGGGUCGCGAAGGUCGACGGAGUCAACGUGGCAAGCCAAGGGCAGGCGACAGAGCGCAGACAUCCUUCGUGCCAGAACACAACGUCGCGCCGCUCGAAAAGUCCGAGAACAGGUGGAUGCGAAUGAAGCCGGGCACUUCGACCGACGAGACGUCACCAGAAAUCGUUCAGCGAAAGGUGAAGGCGCUGCUCAAUAAGCUUACAGUCGAAAAGUUUGUCAGCAUCUCCGAUCAGGUCCUUGCCUGGGCAAAUAAAUCUGCAGCCGAAAGCGACGGUCGCAUCCUGCGCCAAGUCAUUGCUCUUAUAUUCGAGAAAGCAACAGACGAAGCCGCAUGGUCAGAGAUGUAUGCGAGGUUAUGUCGCAAGAUACAAGACGAGCUUUCUCCCGAAGUCGUCGACCUCACCAUCGAGCGGAAGGACGGGCAAGCGCCCGUCUCAGGCGGUUCUCUUUUCCGCAAAUAUUUGCUCACUCGGUGUCAACAAGACUACGAAAAAGGCUGGGCUUCAGCAGAUGCUGCAGCGGCGGCCGCACAAGCAAAGGCGGGCGAUGACAGCGCAAAGCAAGCCGCUAUCGACAAAGCUGCCGCCGAGGCCGCCGCGGGAGGCAAAGUCAAGGAAGAUCAAGAGAUCGUAUUGCUCUCUGACGAAUACUACGCGGCUCAGAAGGCGAAGCGUAGAGGUCUUGGUCUUGUUCGCUUCAUCGGCGAGCUGUACAAGCUGCAGAUGCUCACCUCAAGAAUCAUGCACCAAUGCUUGCACAAGCUACUUCUAAAUGUUGAGACACCGGAAGAGGAAGACGUCGAGUCUCUCUGCCGACUUUUGACCACAAUCGGCGCUCAGCUCGAAGCAGACUCGAUUGCCGUCAAUGCUGCAAAGGCGGCCUCCAUCUGGAAUGCGUAUCUGGACCGAGUCGCGCUCAUCGCAGAUAACGAUAAGCUAUCAUCUCGGAUACGCUUCAUGGCGCAGGAUGUGCUGGAUCUCAAGAAGGACAACUGGCGGCCAAGGCACAACACUGGAGGUCCAAAGACAUUGUCAGAAGUCCACGAGGACGCUGCUCGACAAGCCGAGGAGGCCAGACGAGCUGCACAGAGCUCUAGCGGAAAAGGAUUGCCGAGGAUGCAAGACCAAUUGGGUCGUGGCGGCUCGCGCGGCGGCAGAAGUCGCGACGCGUCUGGACAAGAAGGCUGGCAAACGCCGUCUGCUGCUCGUCCAGCGCCUGCUGGCAGCUUACAUGGCUUCGGCAAAGUCCGACAAAGCACUGGCAGUCUGGGCGCGCCAUCCAGCGUCUUUGCAAACAAGUCUAAGGGCGCGCCCAAGGAGGAUAAACCUGACCAGCGAGCGAAUGCGUUUGCGGUACUCAGUCAGAGCGAGCCGUCCGCAGCACCCGUCACUGGCUCGCGAGCUACUUCUUCUGGGCCUGAGCGCAAGAAGCUCGCUCUCGCGCCAAGGACUAAAGCUCUUGAGGAAGAUGAGAGCCAGGGUGUGCCGGAUACGCCUGCCGUCGACGCCGAACCGGAGGCAGCCUCUGAAGCUGUCAGCGACGAGCCUUCCGAGAGCGUGCUGCGGUCCAUCAAGAACGGUGUUACCGAAUUCUUUACCGUCAAGGACGUCUCAGAAGGCGUCCAAAGUAUGCAACUCGUCGAAGAGCGCUUCAGACAUAUCUUUAUGUCUUCCCUACUGUCUGCCGGCCUCGAGAAGAAGCAGUCCGAUGUCGACAUUCUUUGCGAGCUUGUCGAGCAACUUGCCGAGGAAGCGGACAUUAAUAUCGAUUGGCAGCGUUCUUUCGCAGGGCCCAUCAUAGGUCUACCGGAUGUCAUGGUCGAUGCGCCCAAGGCAGCCACACAUAUGGCGAACCUGCUUGCUGCUGCAGGACUAUCAGAAGACGACGUCAAGGCCCUGUCUGCACAGAUGGCGUCAGAGGACGAAGACGUACAGGAUGCGCAGGAAAAGCUGAUACAGGCGUUUGCCAAGAGUAUCGCACCCGCCGAAGCAUGA